CACCCACCUGUGCCACUCUGCAGUGUCACAUACCUGUGCCCAGAAGUGCCACCUACCUGUGCCCAGCAGUGCCACCCACCUGUGCCCACCCACCUGUGCCCACCAGUGCCACCCACCUGUGCCCACCAGUGCAACCCACCUGUGCCCCCACCCCACCAGUGCUGCCCACCAGUGCAGCCCAGCAGUGCUGCCAGUCAGUGCCACCAGUCAGUGCCCAGCGGUUGUGCCAGUCAGUGCCAGUCAGUGCCCAGCAGUGAUGCCAGUCAGUGCCGUCUAUCAGUACCCAUCAUCAGUGUCACCUAUCAGUGCCGCCUAUCAGUGCUGCCUAUCCGUGACACCUCAUUAGUACUGCCUAUCAGUGCCCUUUAG